AUGCUUAAUGAAGCCGAAUGCAUGGCGCAUCCCUCAAGGAUUGGUCAGCGCCGACAGCUCUAUCCUUAUCCUUUAUCACAUAAGUUAUAUUUCCGCUUUCUUAAUAGUACAGUUACUGCUACUCGCAACAACGCUGAGAUGAUAAAUCACAUUCUGAAGCACUACGGAACACUGAAUCAACUUGGUGAUGUGGGAAAGUAG